AUGGUAGCAUACUUGCAGAAGAUGGGUGAGAGAGAUGUUGCACAAGGUGUUUGUCAAUACCGUAACUCCCAUUUUCCAACCAAUUUCAAUACUCAACUUUCAAAGGGUCGGGACAGGGCCAACAACAGCAAUGGGAUAGAGAUCGGGAAAAGGACAGGGACUCGUCGAGACAGACAAGGGCAGAUUCGUCGGGACAGGGACAGGAGCAGAUUCGUCGGGACAGGGACACGGGCAGAUUCGUCGGGACAGGGACACGGGCAGAUUCGUCGGGACAGGGACACGGGCAGAUUCGUCGGGACAGGGACCGGGCAGAUUCGUCGGGACAGGGACACGGGCAGAUUCGUCGGGACAGGGGCAGAUUCGUCGGGAUUCGUCGGGACAGGGACAGGGGCAGAUUCGUCGGGACAGGGACACGGGCAGAUUCGUCGGGACAGGGACAGGGGCAGAUACUCGUCGGGACAUGGGCAUAUACUCGUCGGGACAGGGACAGGGGCAGAUUCGUCGGGACAGGGGCAGAUUCGUCGGGACAGGGGCAGAUUCGUCGGGACAGGGGCAGACUCGUCGGGACAGGGACAGGGGCAGACUCGUCGGGACAGGGACAGGGGCAGAGACUCGUCGGGACAGGGACAUAUACUCGUCGGGACAGGGACAGGGACAUAUACUCGUCGGGACAGGGACAUAUACUCGUCGGGACAGGGACAUAUUCGUCGGGACAGGGACAGAGAUUUUAUAUCAGCAUAA